CCCGCGGUGAUUUCUUGGCCAGGCCCGCUCAAAUCACCAUGACGCCGACUCCCGAUCGCGUCGCGCAGAUCCUGCUCUCACGCCAUUCACUAGACCUAGUCUCAUGCAAAACACUCCAGACACUAUGGGCAGGCUACGGUCAAAUAUGCGCCAUAACAGCGCGCGCAACGACCGACGCCGCAGCGAAGCACGUCAGCGCGCUGUGCGGAGCUGUACCGACUGGAUCAGCGGGGAGCACGUAUCCUCUUAUCUUGAAGCUCAUUUCCCCUCCGCCGCUGCGCAAAGGUGCUGGCGGCCAAGAAGAUGAAGACGAGGGCCACUUGAGGAAGAUGCUGAGCUAUGAGGUGGAGCUACAUUUCUACGCUGAUGUGGUUCCACUGUUGGGUGAUGGUAUUGCUGUUGCGAAGUGUUUGACUUCGACGCGUGACGGCGUGAGAUCGGGAGAGAGAGAGGAGGAGGAGGAACUCCGCGGUCUGAUGGCUAUUGUUAUGGCGGAUUUGAGACCGCGGUUUCCGGUUGCUGGUGGGAAGAGGAGUGCGUUGGAUUGUGUGCAGGUGCGUGGGGCGUUGGGCUGGUUGGCGCGUUUUCAUGCUCGCUCGUGGGGGCUGUUGCGGCGGGGUGCGGGGGCAUAUCUAUUGCCGCCGCUUGAAGAGUCCAGGAGGAGGAGGGGCAAGGAUGCUGCUGGUGGAAGCAAGCUGUGGCUUAAUGGCGGGUACACGUACCUUGCGACGCGGCGGACAGAGUAUGCUUCUUUGGCGGAGGAUUCUUACUCGGAGUGGUCGGACGCCAUGUGCAGGGUGCCGGAGGGGUCCGCGAUGUCUAUUGCUGAGAUGGCAGCGCUGGUCUUGACGCCUUGUGGACGGCAUAUUGAGUCAUAUAUCCAUGGCGACGUCAAGUCGGAGAAUCUCUUCACCACGACCAAAGGAGAUGAGGUGGCGUUCUUUGAUUUCCAGUACGUUGGACUGGGUCUAGGAGUCUGUGACCUGGCUAAGCUGUUUACGUGCUCGGUCCCGCUGCAUAUGUUGCUUGAUGAUGAUGUCGACGAGCCUCUGCCGGAGGAGCUGACGAUGUGUGAUCGUGAGAGGGAACUGCUGGAGCGGUAUCGCCAGAGUCUCCUCUGCAAUGAAGAACCCGAUCGCUACGAAUGGGAAGAUUUCAAACGGCACUGGGAGACGGCCUUGGUGGACUGGUGCCGAUUUCAGGCCUCCUGGGGUUUCUGGGGAAACACUGAAUGGCUCGAAGCCCGUGUCAGGUCGAUCUUGGGCGACCCGACGUGGAGAGACUGGCUGUAUCAGAGUGUUAGUAGUCGGGUCGGCUAAUGGGAAGUGCAGGCACUUUUGAUUUCCG